AUGGGUAUUCUUCAAACACUCUUCCAUGCGGAAGAGAACAUCCAAGGCUCUAAGUUCAGAGCUAUCUCCGUUGGGCUAUUUGUCGCAUUUGGCGGUAUUUUGUUUGGCUACGACACUGGUACCAUUUCCGGGGUGCUUGCGAUGGAUUAUGUGAAGGAACACUUCACUUCCCGCGGUCAUUUUACUGCCAAUGAAACGUCGCUUAUCACAGCUAUCCUUUCAGCUGGUACCUUCUGCGGUGCCAUGUUGGCUCCUUUAGCUUCGGAUCGCUUGGGUCGCAGACUUGGCCUCAUCCUAUCCACGAUUAUCUUCACUAUUGGUGUCAUCCUGCAAGUGAUAGCUAGCGAGCAAAACCUUUUAAUCGUGGGCAGAGUCAUUGCUGGUACAGGCGUUGGUGUUUUGUCUGCCAUCGUGCCACUUUACCAAGCUGAAGCAUCUCCUAAGUGGAUUAGAGGUGCCGUUACAUCAUGCUACCAAUGGGCCAUUACCAUCGGUCUUUUGCUCGCGGCUUGUGUCAACCAGGGAACGCAUGGUAGGCAUGACUCGGGUUCCUACCGGAUCCCAAUUGCUAUCCAAUUACUGUGGGCUUUGAUCAUGUUCGUGGGAAUGGUUAUUCUCCCAGAAUCUCCAAGAUUCUACGUGAUGAAGGGCAAAGUCUCCGAAGCAAGCAAGUCACUAUCAAAGCUAAGAGGUCUUCCAGAACACCAUGAAUGUAUUGAAGCCGAACUUGAAGAAAUUAUUGCCAACUACAACUUCGAGAGAUCAAUUGGCUCGACUAGCAUCCUCGACUGCUUUAAGCCUGCUAAUCAUCAAUUGAAGCGUAUCAUAACUGGUGUGGCUAUCCAGGCUUUGCAACAAUUGACCGGUAUUAACUUCAUCUUCUACUAUGGUACUCAAUUUUUCCAAAAUUCUGGCAUCAAGAACCCUUUCAUUAUCCAGCUGAUCAUGAACAUUGUCAAUGUUGUAAUGACUGUUCCUGGUAUCGCCUUGGUAGAAAUUGCUGGUAGAAGAAAUUUGCUACUAUGGGGUGCUGUAGGAAUGUGUGUCAGCGAAUUGAUCGUUGCGGCCGUAGGUACUGCUCUACCAGACAGUUUUUCUGCAAACAAGACUCUCAUUGCCUUCUCGUGUACUUUCAUUGCCUCUUUUGCUGCCACUUGGGGUCCCCUGGCCUGGGUUGUCGUCGGUGAAAUAUUCCCACUUAGGGUGAGAGCCAAAUCUGUCGCCGUAUGUGCCGCAUCCAACUGGUUGUUCAACUUUGCCAUCGCCUACGCUACACCUUACCUCGUUGACGCCGAACAUGCAAACCUACAAUCCAAAGUGUUUUUCAUUUGGGGAGGAUGCACCUUCCUCUGCUUCUUAUUCGUCUACUUCUUCAUCUACGAAACUAAGGGCCUCACACUUGAGCAAAUUGAUGAGUUGUACGAAACUUGUCCCAGCGCUCGUCACUCUAAGAAUUUUGUCCCAUCAGAAGGUUUUGUUGCCCACAACUCAGGGUCUCCUGACACUGACAAAGCAUUUGUUGAAGCCAUCGAAAAAGUUUAA